AUGAAGACAUCACCAAUACUGAAUCUAAACCCACACACUUUUCCAUCCAAAUUCAAAUUCAAACUUUUCAUUCUCAACUCUUUCUCUUCUCUCUCAACCAAAUCUAACCACCACACAAUCCAACGCAAUCCCAAUUUCAACAACGACAACGAUAAACAAUCCAAUGCAAUCGAUCGAAUCCUUCUCCGCUUUCGCAAUCUCUCCCAUCAUCACGAUGAUGAACCGACCCAAACCCUACCGCCACAUCAAUUUUUGCACCGCGAAUGGUUUCGCUCCGAUGACGCGGUUUUCCCAUCGGAGAACCAAGUUCAUCAACGCCAACAAGAGAAAGUAUUCAAGAAGAAAAAGAACAAGAACCAAGUAAUAACACCGUGUUUAGCGGAAGAAGAACUGAGUCGAUUGCGAACAAUCGGAAUGCAUCUGAAGGAGAAAAUCAGUAUCCCUAAAUCUGGUCUCACGCGUCCCGUGCUCCAUAAAAUUCAUCAUCGGUGGAACAGCAAUGAGUUGGUGAAGCUUAAGUUUCAUGAGUUUCUUGUUCAGAACAUGAACCUUGCGCAUAACAUCGUUCAGCGUCGAACCGGAGGAUUAGUUAUAUGGAGGUCAGGAAGUGUUAUGUGGGUGUACCGCGGCGACAACUAUCAAGGGCCAACAACCAAUGCAAAACAUAAUUCAAAGAGUAAGUCAGUUGUGUUUAAUCAACAACAGCAUGAUAACAUGACGCCCGAGGAGAUGGAGUUUGACCGGAUGCUUGAUGGUUUUGGUACUCGUUUUGUUGAUUGGUGGGGUACUGGAAUACUUCCUGUUGAUGCUGAUUUGCUUUCCCCUAUAGUUCCUGGUUACACAACACCUCUUAGGCUUCUUCCCACCGGAAUGCAUCCGCGACUCACCAAUGAUGAGCACGCAAAAAUGCUGAAACUUGCCAAAGCUCUUCCUUGUCAUUUUGCCUUGGGGAGAAAUAGAAAUCUUCAAGGUCUAGCAUGUGCUAUUCUUAAGCUUUGGGAGAAAAGUUUGGUUGCAAAGAUUGCUGUCAAGCUUGGUGUCCAAAAUACAAACAAUGAACUGAUGGCUAUGGAGUUGAAGAAAUUAACAGGAGGUACCUUACUGCUAAGGAAUAAAUAUUACAUCGUAAUGUAUCGAGGGAAGGAUUUCAUUCCAGCCAAUGUGGCUGCCAUUUUAUCUGAAAGACAGCAAUUGACGAAACAGGUGCAGGAUGUUCAGAAAAAGGUGAGAUGCAGAGCUGUUGAUGUAACAGGCGAAGAUGAAACAAAUGCACAAGCAGGAUUGUUGUCUGAGUUCAAUGAGGCUCAAGUAUUCCGGGGAAGGGAAAUAUCUACUGUAGAAUGUGAGAAGAUGAUGAAAGAGGCUCCUGAAGCGAGGAAUGUUAGGCUUAUGAAAAAAAUGGAACACAAAUUAGCUGUUAUACAUGAAGAGGCUGAUGCCAAAAAGUCAAGAGCAGAAAAGCUAUUAAUUAAAAUAGAUGCAUCUAUGGUUCCAGCUGGUCCUGAUAAUAGGAGGGAAACAACCACAGAUGAAGAACGUGUAAUGUUCCGUAUGAUUGGUUUAAAAAUGAAGGUGUACUUACAACUUGGUACACGCGGUGUUUUUGACGGUGUCGUUGAGAAUAUGCAUUUGCAUUGGAGGCAUCGAGAACUUGUUAAAUUAAUAACAAGAGAAAAAACCCUUGCUUUUGUUGAAGAAAUGGCUAGUUUACUGGAAUACAAAAGUGGUGGAAUACUAGUAGCAAUAGAUAGACUUCCCAAAGGAUUUUCUCUUAUUUACUAUCGUGGAAAGAGUUAUAGGCGGCCAAUUGCUCUCCGACCUAGAAACCGUUUAACAAAGGCAAAAACAUUGCAGCGUUCAACAUCCAUGCAACGACAUGAGGUAUCUUAG